GCAUCAAGAUCAGCUGACACACCAAAACAUGGGUGUCAACACGGACGGUGAGAGACUGCCUCGUAUGCAAACUGCACGUUUCCAUCAAGAAGACUGCCUCGUGCUUAGAAUUUGAGACAUACCGAGCAGUGGUCAGCUGAGCAUGAGCAGUAACAAGAUAACAUGGGGGCCGCUUCUGAGGUACCUCUUCCAAAGUGAUACAAAAGUUUAUAAGGAACUGAGUGCCUACCUUGGUCAAGAUGGCUGUCUUACUUCUGAGUGUCAUCUCUUCCUAUCCUCUGAUGCUUGCACCUCUCUCAAAGAGAAGCUGUUGGCUCACCCACAAGAAGCAGCAUGCAUAUUUCAUCAGCUGGUGGCCAGAAGCAAGGAUAUUAAAACUACGAAAGAUGCAGAGCAGAAUGCCUUGUCGUCCAUUGAAGUCACUCAAAGUGAGGAAACGAAGACCAGGAGAGAGUACCAAGAAGCUGGCUGUUUUUCAGAAGAUUGCAGUAACCUGAAAAAACUUUUCAUCGAGUGCUUGGAUCACUGUUUACGAAGAGUUGAGAACCUAGAUGAGAAGUUGCUUAAGGAAGAGGAGGAAUAUUUGGUCUUAGUAAAGAGACAGCAAAAGAGCUUGUCACCUAUGCUAAGUCCUAAGGCAAAAGCUAACCAGAAAACCUUUGAAUCCAUAGAAGUAUCAAGACUUCAAGAAAGAAAACUGACAACAAAUUUGGAGAAAUUAAGACACGAAGAGCUCUUUUACAGGUUACUCUCCCACUCUUGUGAUGUUGAUCUUGCUGCCUUAAGUGAAUUGUUUCCUAGAAUGAUUAGACUUUGUUAUGAGAGAGACUUAUUGCUUCCACACAAAAUACAUGUUUCCCUUCUAACGAGUUCUAAGGAGUUCUUAAAUUUGUUUUGUAAUAAGGAAAAUGAGUACCUCCUUAGCAAGUCUCGAACCAAGAAAUUUGAACAUUUUCAAAGUCUGUUGUCACCCAGCUCCUCUGAUAUAAGAGAAAUAUUUCUUAUCUGUGCUAAAAAUUCAAGACAUAUCCUGCAAAUAUUCUACAAAACGUUAGCGAAUAAACAAGUUGCCGGCAUGCUGGAGAUAGAAACAAAUCCAGAAUAUCAUUGGUUAAUGCCUUUGUGGCCUAUGCUAUUUAUUCAAGCAUUGUCAAAAUCUCAUGACAGAGUGGAGGAUCCUACAUGUGUAGCAGAAGUUUGGGAGAAACAUUCAGAACAUGUUGAUCCAUUGCUUAUAAAGGUGUGUAGUGACCUCAGCCGGGACAUGAGCUUUGUUCGCUGGUGCCUUGCUCGUAAGAGUAGGAUAAAGGCGUUGCCCCUCUUGCAGCUAAUGAGAGACCACUCACCCCUCUAUGCUCUUCACAAAUCACUUCCAAUGAAUACCUUAGUUCCAGAUGAUGUGUUACAAAUCAUUAAGGAACAUUGUAUGGUCAGAGAUUCUAGUGGAAACUUAAGUUCUUCUUGCAAAGAUACUUACAUAGCUUUUUGUAUAUUGUAUCAAGUGUUUGAGGUGAUUGGUGCUGGUAUGCAGUUAGAUAAUAUUGUAGCUGGCUGGCAAGCAAGAGGGAGAUUGUGGGUGGGUAAGAGAGAAGGCAACGUAGUCAAUAGCUUUCAUGAUCGACAAAGCCAUGAAUCAUUUUAUAAGAAGAACAUUGCAGGAAAGCUAGAAUGUGUCAAAAGAAUGCUUAAUGAUUUGCAGCCUCUUGAGUACAGAUUAGAAGUGAUGGAAAACAUAUAUUCGACAAUAUUUGUGAAACAUAGUGAUUUGAGUGAUGAAGGUCAGAGCGAGUCUGGCGGGGAGGAAGGGGACUUUGAGCGAUCUUAUGUCUCUCGUCAAACUGAUGUAGACAGUUUAGCAAGUACUUCGCAAACUACAACUUCCCAAAGACCUAAUUCACCUAGGAAGUCAAACUCUACUUCUCUUGGCACACCAGAUAAAGAUGGAGAUACCAAAAAAAAUAAAGAACUAAAUUUUUCUGAUUAUGUUGUGAUAGAUGAUAAUUUUUUAGUAGAAGGAGCUCAUUAUUCAAGCAAAGCAUCUAACAUUAGCAGUGUAUCAGGAGAUGAUGGGCAAAGCGUCUCUGCUUCAAGAGACUGCAAGGAGAAAAACUUGCUUCAUGCUACUGACACUCCAGCAAACAUAACCCAGUCUAUAUCAUCAUGUAUAUCGGCAGCAUCUGAACAGGUGACGUGGGCCACGUAUCAACAGGGUUCACAGAGUGGCCAAGCGGGUAAUCCCCAAAGCAGCUGUGCUAUGAGUGGGAAAAGUACUACGUCUAGCUUGAGUGAACUACCCCGCACAGGAUACAUAAUAAAUGCUUUAGUAGCAUGGGAUAUACUGUUACUUCUCCGGGAUACUAUUCUAACACUCUCUGCUAGGUCAUUUGCAGAAAGUGCCCAGCAGUCUCAACUUCUAGGGAGUUCCUCAAAACAAUCUUUUCAGAAUCGCUCCAACUACCUCUCACGUUGUGUCAAUGAAGGCUUGUGGCGAUUGCAGAUAAUGACUCCUAGUACUCAUACAUUUGCCUCUUCUGAUGUAUUUAAUGAGUUUUUAGAUGGAACACUUCUCUCUAAUACAACUAACUGUAUGAGGUAUGAAAAACCUUCCAGCUCGUCUAAAGAAAUGGGUUCCUCUCAAGGGGGCAAAAAGAGGCCUGCAAAAGACAAAGAUCCAGUAGAGGUUGGAGGAGGCUCAUCGGAAUAUAAAAGUAUUCUAAAUUUUUUAUUUGCUCCUACACCAAGCCUUAUCACACUAGCAUUGACAAAUGGUAAUGUGGAAAGGAUAAAUCAGAUAUUCCAGACAUAUCGAAUUUCAGACACUACCACAGAGAAGCGCGAGGCUUGUUUAGCAAUGCGUCUUAAUGAGUUAAGGCCUAAAUUGUCAACUGCAAAUCAAAGGUCUGGACGAUUAAAGGAGGCGAGAAUGAUGCAGGCAGGUGGUAAUUCAAAGAAUAUGCUCCAAAAUAUUGGAAUGCUUGCUCGUGAAGGCUCUGCACAAGUAGGGGCAACUAAUCUGAUAUAUGAUUUAAUAACCUCUUCUCCACCUCCCAUUCCGAAAGGAAUGCCAGAAGCUGCUGCAGAGACUGGCUGUUCUGUAAUGGCAUCAUUCUUGACGCCACAAGCCCUAGUAUUAUCAGAUCUGGCUCUGACAGUGGAUGUAAGUCAGACCACAGCCACAUACCUCAUAGAGCAGGCUCUCCAAAGACAACUGGCUUAUAAUUCUAUCCAUGUUAUGCAAAAAGAAACACAUGGAGGUAUACAGGGCUAUGUUCCAUUAUUGCAGCAGAUGGGAUCUACUUGUAGCACUAUUAUUCAGAUGAGCCAAUCGGAAAAUGAAGACAAACUGGCAACUGGCAGCGGAGACAUCUCGGAAAAUAUUCCUUUUCAUUUGUCUUCCCUCUCUGCAACACCAUAUUCCUUAUUGGUUACAUUUCUUCCUUUAAAAGAUACUGAUUUAAAGAAUUACAUUCAAGGUUGGUCCAAGGUUAUUGCAAGUAUUUCAUCAGCCCAAGAAGCUUUGGUCAUAUGCAAUAUACCAAAAAGCCAAGAGGCUUCAAAUGUUUGGAGCAAGACUCAAAUGACCCAAAUGCAUCUCUCGUACAAAAUGUUGCUUCAUGUGUUGAAUGAAGAAGCUCCUCAUUUUCAUUUAAGUUGUGUUCGAGAUAAAUUAAACGGUAAGAUGGGAGCAUUUCUUAGGUCUUUUUAUCAGUAUCUGCAACUUUUAUCAGCUAUGGUUACUCAACAUGCAGAGCAACGUUUGCAAAAAACUAGAGGUAACUAUUUCUGUCUUUUGACGCAAAGACCUGUUCAUAUUCUGGGUUCUCUGAUGUUUCAGAAAGGUGUUGACCCAGUCAAAUUAGAGCCAAUAGCAUCAAGAAUGAAACUGAAUUUAACAACAAUGAUUCUCCAGUACUGCUGUCCAAAGUUUAAAAUACCCAAAGGAAAUUUAUGUAGGAGAAUAAUGUAUGGUACUGAAAAGAACAAAGCUGAGAAGCUUGGGUUCCAAGUGUUGCAAGAGCGAGUCAUAAUGAAUGGUAGUGCAAUGCACACUCGGGCAGGUGUAUAUGGGGAAGUUGUUGUCCGGGACAUCCUCACAGCAAUUUUAGUUGGCCUUCAUGAAACCAUUCAGGCUGUUGCACUAACAUCUAAGGCUAACCAUAAAGCUGUGAUAUUAAAUGAUGACACAGCUCCAAAUGCUCUUUCAUCAGUAGAUGUUCAAAUGGCACUUAAAGAUGCAUCUAAUCUUGCUGCUGUAGCUUUUGACAAAAUGGUGCCUGGUAAUGAAGCUAUUGUAUUUUUUAUUAAUUUGGCUAACCUAAUGUACAUUCAUGCUGGUAUACUUAAUCAUAUAUUGUAUCCAUGUGAUAAAGUAACAUCCAAAUCAAGAGGGUUGUUCUCAAAACAUCAACUUGAACGUAUAAUGGCAAUGAAGCGACUUGGGUAUGUAGUUGGUCAGCUUGGAUUUCUUUCUUUAUAUGAUGUUCUCUAUAAUAUACUUCCACUUCAAAAUCCACUUUCCAGUAUCUUAAUUCAGAAUGAUGCAGAAUUCAAAAUAAGCAUGUGUGAGAGUGAUUUGAUUUACAGUAGAGAGCAGACUUGUAAAAGGGCCGUCUUGCUUCAGAAUUCAGAGCUCUUGAUAAAUUUACCAUCCAAAGUCAGUUAUUGCAUCACACAGGGGACACCUGUCUCUCCUCGUGUACAAGUACUAUAUGCAGAUAGAAUGGAGGAGCAGAUUGAUGUGGCAUUACAUGAGCACUUGAAGCUGUUUCUUGUGAUCCAAGAUGGGAGGAGGCUGCAUAAAAAUUUGGAUCCGAGCCAGGAGUCUAGUGAUAAUGCUGGGCAUAAAAAGGUCAAUAUAUUAGCUUCCAGGACAUUUCUGAAUUACUUGGCUCACCAUUCACAUGAUCUUCGUGGUUGUAUUCGUUCACUGCAGGAAAAUGCUCCCGAAGAACUCGUUACUACACUGAAGAGACUGGAAUCUGAAUUUUCAAAAAAACAUAAGCGCGAUAUAAAUGUUUUUGAUAGAACUGAGGAGAAGGGUAUAGUUCUGGAGUUCAUAGAGUCAUUUGAUGAGAAGUCUGAGAGCACAGUAUUUGACAUACCUGAAGUGAGUAGCUUGCCUGCACCGUCAGACGAUUUGCCUUGGUUACCCGUUAAAGUCCCAUAUGCUGUUCUGACUCAUCUGCGAAAACAGUGCCCUCUUUUAGCUUUUAUUGUACAAGCAUUUAAUAGUACUGCAGAAAUGCAUAAGAUGAAUAUUCAGGCUUGGACUGAUGAUGCUGCAGACACAUGGCUUAAUAUUUUGUAUCCACCCUCAAUGGGAGUCAAACCGCCUGCUGAAGAAACUAAAGUUUUUCGGCCCAUUAGAAACCUGUUUUCAGUCGACAGACACAAAACAUUGGCAAGAAUAUUUGGGGGUAAUAAAGUGACAUUAGCGCUCUCGCAAGAACUAGAGGUUUCUAUCAUUUGGGACCUUGCUGAUGAUCUGCUAGGAAGUGGUGCCAUUACCAAGGAGUAUUCCUCUCGGCUGCUCCAACAUGUGACAGUGUUGGUGACAGGACUGCAAGCGCUCUCUUCAAGUACUAUGGAGAAGCAUCCUGAUGUUAAAAGACUUCUGGAUCAUCUUUUGGUAUUCCUGGUACAAGAAACAGAUUCUGAAGCUGACCCUGCCCCAUGGAUGUAUGCCAGCCGAAUAAAAGACAGUGAUAUGCGGUAUAAAAUUGUUAUGGAAUUUCACAGGAAAUGGCCAGUUUUACCAGCCAUUGACCUCUUGACUUUGGUGGCACAUGAUUCCCAGGUCACAGUCAGUCAGCAGGAGCAUGCUAAGAAACGGGCAGAACAAAUUGCAGUGUAUGAUAAAAUCCUCAUGAUGGGUAACCCAUCACACGAGUCUUGGCAGGAAGUGGAACGCUUGUGCACAGAGGAGCCAGAGGAGCUUCUUCAAUACCUAAUUCAGAAAAAGCAGUUCAAAUUAGGUGUUGAAUGGGCAGACUAUCACGAUGGUAGUGCUGAGCUGCGCCGCCUGGUUGAUCAGAGCUACCUCAUGGAUUUGUUGGAUAAAACCACCCCUGACGACAAUACUGCUCUCGAUGCUCUGAAUGCUCUCAAUAUUAAUGAUCUAAUAAUAGUAGUGCAGAACCUCUUGCAGAGGCUGUCAAAUAUCCCAACCCGAAGAUUCUUGAUUGAGGUAUUUCUAAAGAGAAUUUACUCCUCAGAUGUGAUUUCUUUGUCUAAUGAAAAUAGUGGCAUUGCAAAAAACAGUAAAGACUCUAUACAUAGAAAUGAACAAAAAUAUCCUAAUAUUGAAGAGGGAAAUUUUAAAGAUGUUUCUUCUCAUGGAAUUGUUUCUUAUGUUGCAAGCCUACAACAUGAAGUAAUGGGACUUAUUUUGGUUGAGGAUGUUGCACCACCCGCAGCAGACAGGUUCCAGCUGAGCCAUUUAGCGUUAGCCCCACAUCUCAUAAUAGAGCAGUGGCUGAUGAAUGUCAAAUUAGAAGCUGUAGAGAAGUCCAUUAAGGUGCUGACUCCGCAUCUAAACAUGGUGGGUUCACUGAUGCCCAAUGCUGAUUAUUCACAAGAUUUUGGAAUUUCAUUUUCAAUGGAUAGCAUAGCUGUUCAACCAAGAGAUAUAAAGGGCUUGAGUUGGGAUGUUUUUAACUGGCUCUUGGAAGUUUAUGCAGCCAAAGCUCUUGAUACCACUGGUGUACAGUUGGCUCUUAAGCCUCAUUUAAUUAGUGAAAAGUCAAAGAGAAAAUUUGUAAUGCCAGCCCAGCCUCCCGAAAGGCAUGAAUGGGUGCCAGAUGCUGAGGUAAGGCAAUGCCCUGUAUGCGAGGUAGCUAUUUUCUCAAUGUUUUGCCGCCGGCACCACUGUCGGCGUUGUGGACGUGUUGUUUGCAGUUCAUGUUCUCGGCACAAAAAUGUUGUUCAAGGCUAUGAUAAUUUACUGGUUAGAGUUUGCUCUGAGUGUUAUCAACAGACAAAAGAAAUUAAUUUGCAUGAUUAUAUUCAAGUUAGGCCACUAGGAGAUGGCACUUUUGAUACUUUAUCACAAAGUUCAGAUGAACAAGUUGCUCGUGGAGAAUGUUCUUGGGCCAGUGACCCUGAAGGAGGCUGGUAUUUGUCAACAGACACUCAUAACAAUAGUUUAAUACGCCUGGAAUUCUGCUAUGAUUAUGCGCCAUCGCUGAGCCUGUGCCUUGCUAUAUUGGCUCUCCACCAAGAUCACAAAAGGGCAGCAAUCUGUAUUGUCAGAUUAUGUCAUCACUUAUUUUCCCUCGUUAUAUCAUCAUUAAGAAUAUCAAGUUCAGAAACUGAUCAUACUUUUUUGCUAUCUAUGAUACAGACGCUCUUGACCUCAUCCAAAAUACGGUUUGGAAAUGUCGGUGAACAUCAAGGCAUUGGACUUUGUGAAUAUUACACUCAGUGGGUGGAUUUGCUCUCCAUUUUAUUAAAGGCAAACUGUGAUGACAUUAUUCCCCUUGACGCUUUGGAAAAUAUGCUUAUAAUUGGAAAUUUGCACCAACAGAGUUUAGUAGAAGAGAAAGCUGUUCAGGCUGACUUGGACAAACAUUUGAAGCAAGAAUUCUCCUACAUGAGAAAACUGCGCAACACACUUGUCAAGAAGCAGAUGUGGGAAUUAGCCCUUGAUGUCUCGACCAAAGCAGGACUGGAAACUAAUGGAGUGUGGGGAGCAUGGGCCCUGGCCUCUCUCAAGGCUGGCGAUUACCCUGGAGCUCGAGAACGAUUUUCUCGAGUUCUUGAAAGGCCCACUGACAAAAAUAGGGCCUGCAACUCAUCGUUAUUACCCGAGAUCAUCAAGUAUCUUGAAAGUAACCCUUUCCAAGUAGAUGAACAAGUAAUUAACCAAGCAGACCGUAGCCGAUCAGUCAUCAUGCUCAGUGAUCAAUCUAAGCUUCCUCCAUCACAAGCCCUUGUGGUACUUCAUAGUCUCAAGAAUCUUAGCAAAAUUGCACAAGGUAAUUUGACUUGUAAAGAUACUCCUCGACAAGUAUUUUAUGGCCCUAGAAAUAAAAAGGCAGAUACAUCAAGAAUUCAAUCUACAUUUCAAACCGAGUGUAAAUAUUAUCUUAGUUUGUAUGGGAAUCAUUCCAUGACCAUUCAGUAUUUUAUGAGAAAUAGGCAAAUGAAAGAGUGUGUAGAGUACUUGCUUGUCGAAGAUAUACCUUUGGAGGUCUUCAUUGAUAAUGUUUUAGUUCCUUGCCUGAGAUGCGGUCAUCUUGACCAUCUUAUGAGAUGUCUUUAUGCAUCGGAUCCUCAUAUGGAAAAAUGGGCGAAGUUGAUGUUUGGAGGUUGUCGGUGGCUGGAGCGACGGGGUUGGUGGAACUGUCUCUUGACUUUGCAAGAAGCUUUGGGUGACAGACUAAGAGCAGCCAUGACCCUUCUGAGAAUGUAUAGUGAUGAUGUUAAUAGUUAUACAGCACUUGCAAGCAGAUCUAGCUGUGUAACAGUGGCAUUAGGACACCUUCAAUCUUACUUGGAUAGCCAGACUUUGUAUAAUUCCAGCACAAAGAGAAAAAAAUUAAUUCUAGACAUGUCUCCCUGGCAUGUCAAUCAGAACAUCAAUAUGCUAACUUUGCAAGCUGAUGUCACCAAGUUUCUUGCAGGCAAUGAAUCAAAAGGACACAUCAGUACAGAUCUUUUGGAAAAGCUUUAUGACAUGGAAGUUCUAAAAAGCCGAUGCUUACCAACUCUAUUAAUAAAUAAUGAGGAGCGAUUAGCAACAGCAAUACUUGUAAUAUGUGGAGCUCAGAUUUUGGCCGAUGGUUUGAACCUUGCAUAUAGGAUAGUGGAGAGAAGUGAACUGCCUGUAGAAAAGCUGUUGACAAUAUGUUGUCAGUUACUGAUGCAGAAAGAUAAAUUAAAUGAGGUGAGCCUUGUGGUGAGGGGAAUACAAGAGUGGGAAGCACUGACACCAGAGGCAGUAGAUGCUGCCUUACAGCCAGUUCUUCACACAGUUGCAACUAACAAUCAGAAUAACUACCUAGAUACUCUCGUCAAGCUUCUCUCCAGCGAUAAGGCCAAGAUGGAAGCUUUCAUUGAAUGUGGCCGUCUGAAAUCAGCCUACCUGGUGGCAGUGCAUUGUGGGCGGCAUGAAGACGUCAAGCGGGUCCAAGAGAUGGCCCGGCGUGGCGGCCAGAUGCACAUAGUAGCCAUGUGCAGUAAAUGGCUCUCUAAUUCUUACAAAGCUAUGUCUACAUGCUGAUAUUUGGGGAUUGUUGAUGAAGUGUUACUGAUAGGUCCUGCAGGGAGUAUAUGAUUCUAAUGAUGAUGAUAAGGUCCAUGUGACGUGUGUUGUGUACUCAGAAUUAAUGUGUGCUGUAAGGUAAAAUAACAUGAGUGCUAAAUCUGAAGUCUGAGCAUAUUUUAUACGAAGUGAUUCUUAAGUUACCAUUAUGACCAUCUGAUUUUAGCACCUUCUUUAACCACUAAACUGCGCAAAAUGUCAUAUGAAGUGUGACAUUGAGCUCAGUUUCUUAAAUUUUCUGAAACUCUUUCAAAUGUUUUGUGCAUAAUCUACUAAGCAAAUGCUCCAACUUUGUCUAAAUGAUACCGGUGUAACUUGAAAAACAAGAAAAUAAAAAAUAAUUA